AUGUCUCAUGUCGAUCAAGCAUGUAAACCGAGGAAAAAUCUCUCAAAUAAAGAGAGAUGGGCAGUGUACAAUGCUUUGAUGGCGAGAACUAAUGGUGGGAAAAGGAGAAAAACUACAACGCGGGAAGUCUCCGAUUUAUUAUCGGUACCAAUGAAAACGGUGCAAAGAAUUUGGAAUCGGGCAAAAGAAACUUCUCAUGGUGGCGGUGUAGAUGUUUCUCAUAAAAGAGGUAAUUCUGGUCGGAAGCCAAUACCUCUUGAUUUGGAUAAAAUUCUUGCUACUCCAUUACAUAUGAGAACAAAUCUAAGGUCAUUCUCAGUAUCUGUGGGUGUGAGCGCUUCGACAUUACAGAGACGUGUCAAAGAAGGGCUUCUUCGACGUCAUACCAAUGCCAUUAAACCAAGCUUGACGGAGGAAAAUACUAUGAAGAGGCUAGAGUUUUGUUUGUCCAUGUUGGACAAAGACACUUUGUUUCAUGAACCAAAAUUCGUUGAUAUGUACAAUAUUGUACAUAUAGAUGAAAAAUGGUUUUAUAUGACGAAGAAAAUGGAGAAGUAUUAUCUACUUCCAGAAGAAGAAGAUCCACAUCGCACUUGUCAAAGUAAGAAUUUUAUUACAAAAGUGAUGUUUUUGGCUGCAAUGGCUCGACCUAGGUUUGAUGAGGAAGGAAAUGAGACAUUUUCUGGAAAAAUAGGAAUAUUUCCCUUUGUUUCUUUGGAACCAGCUAAAAGGCGAAGUAAGCAUAGAGCUGCUGGAACUCUCGAGUGGAAAGCGUCAACUUCCGUUAAAAGAGAGCAUGUAAAAGAUUUCUUGAUUAAUAAAGUCAUACCGGUGAUUCACGAAAGGUGGCCAAAAGAAGAUCUGGGGAAGACUAUUUUUAUUCAACAAGACAAUGCAAGGACGCAUAUUAAUUGUGGUGAUAAGGAUUUUGAAGAAGUUGCUUUGAUGUAG